AAUACGCCACUGAUGGCCAACUCAUAUUUUCAAACAAAUCACUUGGUGGGAAAAACUCGGCAACCUUUUCCAACAAAGCUCAUAUCCAUGGACGACAAUGUCGUCGCCGCCAAAAAGAAGAAGGCUGCGCCGCCCAUCACGACCACCACCACCACCAACAAGAGACCACGACGGGUCACGCGUACAAAACCUAAAUGCAAAGAAGAAGAAGAAGUAGAAGAAGAAGCAACAACAGGGGUGGACAUUGAAGAUUUGGGUUUUUGCAGAAACGAAACCCUAGAAAUUAGGGCUUCUCUCCUAGAAUGGUACGACCUCAACCAGAGAGACCUCCCUUGGCGAAGAAUCAGCAGCAGUGAUGAAGACCAUGACAAAGACGCAAGUGAGACAAGGGCUUAUGCUGUAUGGGUUUCUGAAAUUAUGCUUCAGCAGACUAGGGUUCAAACUGUAGUCGACUAUUUCAACCGUUGGAUGCUGAAGUGGCCUACUCUUGCUCAUCUCGCUCGCGCUUCUCUUGAGGAGGUAAAUGAUAUGUGGGCAGGUUUGGGAUAUUACAGACGGGCACGGUAUCUACUAGAGGGAGCAAAAAUGAUUGUUGAAGAAGGAGGUGUGUUCCCUAAAACAGUUUCAGCUCUUCGGAAGGUCCCCGGGAUAGGAGAUUACACAGCGGGUGCAAUUGCCUCCAUAGCAUUCAAGGAGGUGGUGCCUGUGGUUGAUGGAAAUGUAGUUAGGGUGGUUGCUAGAUUAAAGGCUAUUUCUGCAAAUCCCAAAGAGUCGGUGACAAUCAAGAACUUUUGGAAACUGGCAGGGCAAUUAGUUGAUCCUUCUAGGUCUGGAGAUUUCAACCAGGCCCUAAUGGAACUUGGUGCAACAGUAUGCACUCCCUUGAACCCUAGCUGCUCUGUUUGUCCUGUCUCUGCCCACUGUCGUGCACUAUCUCGUUCCAAACAACAUACAUUAGCACUAGUUACAGAUUAUCCAAUAAGGGUUGUAAAGUCCAAACAAAGACAUGAUUUUACUGCCGUUAGUGUUGUGGAGAUAUUGGAAAGCCAAGAUAUGAUAGAGGAACUUCAAUCUGAUGGUAGAUUUCUUCUUGUGAAGAGGCCAGAUGAAGGUUUACUUGCUGGCCUCUGGGAGUUUCCAUCUGUCCUGUUGGGGGUAGAGACUGACUUGGCCACAAGGAGAAAUGCUAUUGAUAAGUUUUUGAAGAAGUUUUUCAAUCUAGACCUUAAGAAGUCUUGUACUAUCGUUUUGAGGGAAGAUAUUGGAGAAUAUGUCCAUAUUUUCAGUCAUAUUCGUCUGAAGAUGUAUGUGGAGUUAUUGGUUUUAUGUCUAAAAGGUGGGACACAUGUUUUGCAUGAAAAACCAGACAGCAAAACUAUGGCUUGGAAAUCUGUCAAUAGCGAGGCCCUUUCAAGCAUGGGAUUAACAUCUGGAGUACGAAAGGUUUACUCUAUGAUUGAGAAGUUCAAGCAAAACAAAUCUAAAACCAUCCCAGGAAAAGCAAGAGAGAAAAAGAAAUCAUGAAACUAAAGGGUGCGUGACGUAGUCAAUCAAGAUGCUAAUUGUGUAGAUUGCUUCAAGGUUUUCUCUUCCAGAAGGCUGCACCAUUUGGUUGGUAAGCAAACAUCUGCGUGGCAAUUUUCAUUGGUCAAAUUUUGGAUAAGCUAUUGACGAUAUCUCAAGACACGAGUCAUCUUUGCAUUUACUAUGUGCUGCAAGGUUGUUUUUCAUCAUAUGAGAUGAUCCAAUACCGUGAUGUAAUUUAUUUGCAGUUGUAAACUAACUCACUCUGCUUUUAACAUUAUUGCUAAUACUAUUGUUGUUGAUGUUGUUAUUACUACCAAUAAUAAUGAUGUUGAAGGAGAGGUGGCUGUAGUGUAGCCCAAUUUGCUUGAAGAGUUACUUUUGUUUUAA